ACCGUGGAAGAAGCUACGACUCCUGCGACGUGAGUCGCGAGCCGUGCUGGUUGGGCGGUGGUGGUGGUGGUGGUGGCCACGAAGAGGGUAGAGUAACGGUUUCCUAGCCGCCGAGGGAAAGGUAGAGGCUUGGUGGUGGCGUUUGUGAAGGCAACCUGUGGCAAGAUGGGCUGCGCCAUGUCCGCUGAAGAGCGGGCCGCACUGGCCCGUAGCAAGCAGAUCGAGAAGAAUCUGAAGGAGGAUGGUAUCCAGGCUGCUAAGGAUAUCAAGCUGCUACUGCUUGGUGCCGGAGAAUCUGGGAAAAGUACCAUCGUUAAACAAAUGAAAAUUAUCCAUGAAAGCGGAUUUACACCGGAAGACUUCAAGCAGUACAGGCCCGUAGUAUACAGCAACACGAUACAAUCUCUAGUCGCUAUUCUCAGAGCGAUGCCGAAUUUGGACAUCAACUUUUCGACCAAUGAACGGGAGCCGGACGCGAAAAUGGUGUUCGACGUGAUCCAAAGAAUGGAGGACACGGAACCAUUCAGCGAGGAGCUUUUGGCUGCGAUGAAUAGACUUUGGGCCGACACCGGGGUCCAGGAAUGCUUUGGCAGGAGCAACGAGUAUCAACUCAACGACUCGGCGAAAUAUUUCCUGGAUGAUCUAGACCGAUUAGGGGCCAGGGAUUAUCAGCCUACGGAGCAAGAUAUUUUAAGGACCCGUGUUAAAACAACGGGAAUAGUCGAAGUCCACUUUUCUUUCAAGAAUCUUAAUUUCAAAUUGUUCGACGUGGGCGGCCAAAGAAGCGAACGUAAGAAAUGGAUCCAUUGCUUCGAGGAUGUUACCGCGAUCAUAUUUUGCGUUGCGAUGUCCGAGUACGAUCAAGUCCUGCACGAAGACGAAACGACGAAUCGAAUGCAAGAAAGCUUGAAACUGUUCGACUCAAUUUGCAAUAACAAAUGGUUUACUGACACCUCGAUUAUUCUCUUCUUGAACAAAAAGGAUCUUUUCGAGGAGAAAAUUCGCAAGUCUCCGCUCACCAUUUGCUUCCCCGAAUAUGCCGGGGCGCAAGAGUACGGUGAAGCAGCCGCGUACAUCCAGGCGCAAUUCGAGGCGAGAAACAAGUCAACCACUAAGGAGAUCUACUGCCACAUGACUUGCGCUACUGAUACCGACAACAUUCAAUUCGUGUUCGACGCAGUCACAGACGUCAUUAUCGCCAAUAAUCUCCGUGGCUGCGGUCUCUAUUAGGAUAAAUAUUGCCGUCGUGGAGCCGAUCGACCGACACACACUCACACUCACAUGCAUAAACACGACAGACAUGUAUUGCGAGAACGGGGGAGCGCGUGAGAAUGAGAGACUGCGAGAUUGUCAGGUUGCGAGAUUGCGAGAGAAAGAUCGCGUGACAGAGGGGGAGAGAACGGCUGAAAGAACGGGAACGAGAAAAAGAGAUACACCUAUGUACCACCGCUACUACUACCGACCACCUGCGGAUACCUUCUCGACUUUUUUUAUCAGACACCUCUUUGUGCCAGCUCUUUCAACCUUUCUCCUUAUCAUACUGAGUGAUUCGAAUGCAGUUGCACAAUGUUUACGCAACGCUAUGCAUUAUGUGCUGCUAAAGUGCUGCUAUGUAAGUAGGUUCACUUGUACAAUUCCUGAAUUCUCUUGCAUAAUAAUUUAGUAAUUACUAUAUUAUUAGCGAACCGAUAAUUCACCAGUUAUAGGGUUCUCUUCUAUCAUUUUUCAUUGAACGGAAUGAUCAAAUAACUUAUGAUUUGCGAAAUCUUGUAUAUUUCAUCAACAAAUUUCUUACCAUGAAGGAUAUGAAAGGAUAAUCUGUAACUUUUGAAUUGUAAAGUUUCACUAAUAGUAUUAGUUCAAUUGUCCAUGGUGAUUGAAUUAAGAGCACGUGAAAUUUUCAACGGUUCUCAUUGUUACCGAGAAGUGUUAGCGAAAUCUUUUAUGGGAAAGUUCAAGGCAAAUGAAGGACGUCAUUCUAAUUCAAUAAACAGGGAUUGUAGAAGUUAGGAACUUCUCCCUGAGAAAGAUUUGUCAGAUUACUGACUGAUAUUAUAAAAAUAAUAUCUGUUGUGGAGUGUUGUUAGUAAAUCGCUUCUUCCAAUUGUCUUUUGAGGCGAGCAGAGAAUCGUGUAAGGACUUUUAAUAUCGGCAGCAUCAAGAAUGUUUCUCUACUAGAGAAAUUCAUCUUAUGAUUUGAAUUUUAUGUCUGGAAGAGAAUAGAGAAUAGCUUUCGGCUAAUCAAUCCUUCGAGCUAAAUACAUCUGGAUUGAAAUUGCAGUUAUUUGCUAUUCUGCUUUUAAGUACUGAAUCCAAUCUUAAAAUGAAUUUCUCAAUAAAGAAACGUUCUUUUCUAUAUCAUAAUCAGAUUUGAUUGCUGUAUUAAUUGCAACAGAGGACUUAACAUUGCCUUUACUCAUUGGUCAUUUUGUAUUUUAAACCGAUUGUGACUGAGUCAGUCUAUUAACGUUGGACAAUCUAUUAAACCAAUACCGAGUACUGUGAUCGAUCUUUUUGUUAACUGCCAGAACUGGUGAAUUUGUCAUAUAUAAGAAUCUAUUUUUGCGUCGAUAUUUGAAACUAAAAAAUUAUAUACAAAUGAGUGAAUUUCAUAUUUUAAACUUUGUUAAGCUUCAAAAGCUUGUAUAAUAUUACUUGUUUACUUAAAAAAAAUUAUAUGGGUCAAAGGGUCAAUAGUUAAGUCCUUCGUAAUCAAAAAUAUGGAAUUAAGGGAUAUGUUGAAAGAGGGCGCACAAUGAUCAAUCCAGAUUUUUCAUACAUUUCGCGGUAAAUCGCACAAAGACCAAUCACGAAGCACACUCGAAUCUCGAGAUCCUUCAUCUGAUUUUAUUGUAAAUUAGGGAAAGAAGAAUAUAGUUAUCUGUUCAGGUAGAAAAUUAAGCUGAACAACAAUUUUUUAACAUAGCAAAUGAUCCUAGUUGAUAGUUUAACUUAAAAAUUUUUUUGGUAAAAGAAAUAAUUUCUUUAAAAAUUGUUCAUUUGACAAACACUUUAAUUUUCUACCUGGGAAGAAACGAUUUAUAAGCUAAUAAUACAAUUUUCCUUUUUCACGAGUAGUAUAAUAAUAUUCAACUAUUUUAACUUUAGUUGAAUAAGCAUGUUACGUUCAUCGCCGAUCGCACAAGUCGCGCACAAGAAACCGACGAAAAAAGUAUAUUUUUCUCUCGUACAAAAUAUUUUCUAUUUUCCGUGCAAAUCUACAAUUCCUACAUCUGUCGGAUACGUAUAAUAUUAUACUAUUCGGUUUUCGGUCAGUUCCUUUCGGUUAGAAAACUAAAUAAAAAAUGCGCUAAAAUUGUGUAAAAAGCAUAUAAACGCCGUUGAUCGAAACAAGUGAGAUUUAAGCGACACCAUAAAAACUCGAUAGAUAAGGUCAGAAUAGUGCAAGAUUGUCAAAGCAUGCAAAAGAAAAAAAAAAAAAAGACGUGAACAUCUCGAUGCGUAGAUAUUUAAUUAAAAUUCGAAUUCCGAUUCGUCAAACAUUUUUUGGCAACGAUUCGAGCAAGAUUCGUAACGCUAUGGACAAAUGGCGCACCGUGCAUGAGAAAGAAUUCUUCACUGUUUUUCCCUUAAAUUGAAUCAACAGUUUCGUUUCGUUCCAUUGUCACGCACAUUUACGCGACUGUACGCACACGAUCGCACAAUUUCACGCAACGACGCAAUCACACACACGUACACACGUUACACGUAUAUACAGGGUAUUCAGAAAUAGGUGGCCGAACUGUGGUAUAGUGUAGAAUACGAUACCAAAGUUUGGCCACUUAUUUCUGAAACAUUCUGCAUAGGACAUACGUUGAGGUGUUUACAUUUGCGAAAAGUGUAAGAGGUUCCACUCAACGAAGCUAGGAUCCUUGAAUUUCAGAAUUUUCUUCGUACGAUUUAGUUACCUUCUUACGCAAUUACGUUUUACGUUUCUUGAUUAGGUCAAGUGUGUUUAAGGAGCUUUCAAUUAUUCGAUGAAAUCUUAAUUUCGUAUUAAGUGAUAGUAGUGUUUUCGGAUCGACAGAAGCCGUGUCUUUACACUUCUUUUUUCAUCGAAGCAGUCCUUACUGACUUUAAAACGAAUAUCAGUGCAGACCGAAACAUUCCACGUACAGUCAAACGCAGUUCCCCGUUUUCUAUUUUUCCUUGGUUCGUAUUUAAUCAUCGCACAAUGUACCAAUUUUCGUUUUUUUUUUCUUUUUUUUAUAAUCUUUCUAUUUGAACGACUUUUUAUUUUUGUUUCUUUUCUUUUCUUUGGAAAGGAUUUCACUCUCUUUUCCAGAAUUGCAAUUGCGAUUGAAAUGUGGAGCUGUGGCAGAAUUUUUGGGAAUUUUUGUAGAAAUCUUUUUACCAAAGAUAUUUGUUUAAAACUUUUAUAUAAAAAAAAUAUCAUAUUCUAAAUUUAUAAUUAAUGUUUGUUGGGAUUUUUUAAAAUUUAUUUAAAAUAGUUGCAAUUGCAAUUCAUCGCUGUUCAAUUGUAAUAUAAAUUAAAAUAUCGAGAAGUGUUUGACCAAAAAGAACCAAAGAAUCGAGUAGAACAAUAAUUACAAAUGUAAAGAAAAAAGAAAGGGAAGAAGGAAGAAAGAAAAAAUAUUCUCAAAAUUAAUCUGAAUUAUGUAGGCCAAGGCCAAGAGAAAUUUCACUAUUUUUUCUUUCGGCGAUUAGUAUCAAAAGAAAGAACACCUUUCUUCUACGUUUCGAUUUUGAUUUUUCCUAAUCUUUCUUUUUUUCUCUUUUUGUUUUUAUACGUCGAUUUUUGCGAAUUAUUUUUAUAUCGUUAGUUGGAUCUAGAGGAUAAAAACAAGAUUUAAAAAAAAAAUAGUAUUACUGUCACCGCCGUUGCCAUAUUACUGUAAAAGUUAAUAUAUAAAUUUUAGGGCUAUCGAUUAUAAUUAAUUAAGUAUUCCUAUAUGUAGUAGCCAUAAUUAUGUAUAAAUAAGUACGCAUAUAGAACUUCUAGUCAAAUAGAGAACGUACUAGCUCGUACAAAAAGAAAAUGUGUAACGAUCGGGGAAGUGAUUGCUUUGAUUUAUUUCUUUCGCAGCGAGGAUUUUUAUUACUCUUAACUAUUAUUAUUAAUUUUCAGUUCGUUUCAAUAUCUGUAAUCGAUAAUAAAUUGACAGGAAGAUGUAGCUUUUAUAUUUAUACUUACACUAUCGGUUAGAAUAUUUGAGGCGCCAAAUUUAAACUACUGAUUAACGAUUUGAUUGAUUUAAAAGAGAAAAGAAAAGUUUAAGUUUCAACCGACAAAGAAGAAGCAACCAGUGAAAUGAAAAUAAAGGAUAACGAUAGAUUGUAAAUCGAGAUAAUUGUAAUACGUAACGGAUGUGCAAUUUCGAAUUUAGAAAUUGUAAUUCAGUUAUUAUUAUAACCGCCUAGGAUAAAUGCAAUGAAUUAAACUGUGUAUAGCAGUGAUCGCCUUGAUAUUCUUCAUUCUUGUUGGUUUUUCCCCGAUCAGGCUCGCCAGUAGCAGUCGAAGCUGCUAGUGAAAUUUCCCUAUAUUUCUCGAGGGUUGCUUCUGAAUUCGAAGAAAUGGGAAGAGUCACACUCAUGAAUAUUUCUACAUUAAAAUUUCUGUAUUUAUCGUUUUCAUUUAAAUUACUUAUAUUUUUUUUCACUUAUUUCGUUCGUUUAUUUCAAUUUUCUUUUUAUUCGCUUACCAGCGUGAAAUUCAGGGAUUUUUAAGGAAAAACCACGAAAACCUUUCGAUUUUUGCACGACGACAUAUUUCUCGCCUUCGGACGCUUUUUUAUGCCAUAAGCUAUAAAUUGUUAUUGUUUUGUAAUAAGCACACACUCUCAUCCGGCUAAUUAUUGAACUAUGGCAAGUCGCGAUUUUUCAAUCUACAACUUUUUUACCAGCUCAAUCAGUUAACUUAACAGCUACCGAUAUAUCUUCAACAAAAGAAAUUUCAAACUUUGAAUUUGCAUUUGAAAGAUAACGAAGGAACAAGAAAUUACUAGAUUGUGGAUCGAGAAAUCGUUAUCGUUGCUCCUAAUUAUCGAGAAGCAGCAGUUCACGGUUUGUAAGUUCCAACGAGAAUUAGAAACCGAAAAAAAAAAA